AUGGAUCAUAAAUUCAGACAGUUCAGUAAAACCUCUUUGGAUCUCCUGGACACCAUGGCUCAUAACUCCACUAACAGCACUGAGGAUGCUGAAGUGAAGCACACUGUGAGCUUCCCUCAUGAGCUGUACAGCCAGGCGGACAAAGCAGCUGCGGCGGAUAAACUCAGCUUCACAGUCCAGGUUCUGAAUGAGAUGGAGACCCUGCUCAAUAAGAAUCACAGCUCUGCAUCAUGGGAGGAGAAAACUGUGGACAGCUUUCUGGGCGUUGUGAGCCGGCAGGCUGACGGCCUUCACUCCUGUAUCCGGAGCCACGGCCACAAGAAGCACAACAAGAAGCUGCACAUGAGUUUCAAGAGACUGUCACAUGUCCUCGAGCAAAUGGGUCACAGUGCUGAAGCCUGGGAGCUGAUCAGGAAGGAAAUCAAAACUCAUCUGAUGAGAGCCGACCUUCUGAUUACAUCUCUGCUCACCGCCAACUAA